CGUUCAGGCAGGGCAGCCAAGAGUGUUGUUUAGAUUUGUUGGGGGGAGGGCUCUUCAGCAGAAGUCUAGGGAGAGAAAAUGUCUUGCUGUGGUGGAAACUGCGGAUGCGGCUCUGGCUGCGGCUGCGGCAAGGGCUGUGGAGGGUGCAAGAUGUUCCCUGAUCUCUCCUUCUCUGGAGAAAAGAUCAUGGAGAUCAGCGUCGUUGGUAUUGCCCCUGAAGCCAAGCACUUUGAGGACAUGGAGAUGGUUGGGUAUGAGAAUGAUGGGUGCAAGUGUGGCGCCAACUGCAGCUGUGGCUCUUCAUGCAAGUGUGGCAAAUGAAUGGCAGGCCAUAGAUGACUGCUAUAUGGUGUGAAGAACACCUCUCCUUGUAUGUCUGUCUCUGCAAGAUCACGUAAUAUGUAGCUAAUGGUGUCUUUGAGGGAAAUAAUAUGGCCAUGGAAGUAGUGUCCUCCCUCUGUUCACCAUGGCCAUGCCACUGUUGUUUCCUUUUCUGCCCCUUUUUAACUAAUGUUUAGCUGUUUGCAUGA